AUGAUGGCUAGCUACGCGGAGCCUGAGGACGAUGCUGGGGCCCUACUGGCCCCGGAGCCGGCCACGGGCCGCCCGGGAAAAGAUUCCGAACCCCGGGGGGGCCGGGAUUGCAAGGAGGAGCUGAGCCCAGAGAAGAGCAGUGGAGGGGUCCCGGAGAAGCCAGACCCCUCGCAGAAGCCCCCCUACUCGUACGUGGCGCUGAUCGCUAUGGCCAUCCGCGAGAGUGCCGAGAAGCGGCUCACGCUGUCGGGCAUCUACCAGUACAUCAUCGGCAAGUUUCCCUUCUAUGAGAAGAACAAGAAAGGCUGGCAGAACAGCAUCCGCCACAACCUGAGCCUCAACGAAUGCUUCAUCAAGGUGCCUCGAGAGGGCGGCGGCGAGAGGAAGGGCAACUACUGGACGCUGGACCCGGCCUGCGAGGACAUGUUCGAGAAGGGCAAUUACCGCCGCCGCCGGCGCAUGAAGCGGCCCUUCCGCCCACCGCCCGCUCACUUCCAGCCCGGCAAGGGCCUCUUCGGUCCGGGCGGCGCGGGGGGCGGCGGCGCAGGCGGCAGCGAUGGUUACGGCUAUCUGGCGCCUCCCAAGUACCUGCAGUCCAGCUUCCUCAACAACUCGUGGCCCCUGACCCAACCGCCCUCGCCCAUGCCCUACGCGUCCUGCCAGAUGGCAGCGGCGGCGGCGGCUGCAGCGGCGGCUGCUGCGGCGGCGGCGGCCGGCCCCGGCAGCCCGGGAGGGGUAAAGGGGCUCCCUGGGGCCCCGGCCUCCUACGGGCCCUACUCCCGGGUGCAGGGCAUGGCGCUGCCCGGUGUGGUGAACUCUUACAACGGCAUGGCGGGCCACCAUCCAGCGCCUCACCCCCACCCUCACGCGCACCACCCCCACGCCCACCACCUGCACCCGGCUGCGGCCGCGGCUCACCACCCGCCCCACCACCCGGCCGCUGCGCCCCCAGCUCAGCUCAGUCCCGCCAGUCCCACCGCCGCCGCGCCCCCGGCCUCCGCGCCCGCCCAGGCCAAUGCGACUGGUCCUCCGCCUGGCCUCCAGUUUGCCUGCGCCCGCCAGCCUGACUUAUCCAUGAUGCACUGCUCCUAUUGGGACCACGACAGCAAACACAGCGCCCUGCACUCACGGAUAGACAUCUGA